AUGGGAAAUUGUUGUCCUAAUCAUGAUCUAAAAACGUCCUUCAUUAGUUCAAUAAGUGAUGACAAAACUAAAUUGGUGACUAAUAGUGCAUCUAAGCAACCUGUGUUGGUAGUUAUCCCACCACCUCCAUUAAAACAGCAGAUCAGUCAAGAUGAUUUUAUCAAAAUAGGAAUGCUAGGACAAGGGGCUUUCGGGAAAGUUUAUUAGGUGAGAAAGAAGGACACUAAUAAAAUUUAUGCAAUGAAAUAAAUUUAGAUAAAGAAAAUUAGAGAAUGCAAUUUAGAAACCAACACAGUUUUAGAAAGAAAUGUAUUAAAAUAAAGCAAACAUCCCUUCAUAGUCAAAUUGAAAUUCGCAUUCCAAAACCCUAAAUAUAUCUUCUUUGUGAUGGAGUGUAUCAAUGGAGGGUAAUUUUAUAAUGUUCUCAAAUGUAAGAGGAGUGGAUUACCUGAAAAUGUUGUAAGAUUCGUCGCAGCAGAAGUAGUAUUGGCACUUGAAUACUUAAAUACAAAACUGAAGGUGAUUUACAGAGAUUUAAAACCAGAAAUUACAUUCUAUUGA